GAAACAGGCCAAUAAUGUAGGCUUAGCGCACAAACUCUUAACCUGCGCACCCUUCCAUAACGAAUCCAAACCGUAUUUAAACUUGCGCACACCGCGUUCUUCACCAUCCACCACUUUCUCUCUCUCUCUCUCUCUUCUUCGAUUCACUUCGACCUUUUCUGACUCUUGGCACCUAACGAAAAGUCGAACCGUUGAAGAAGCCUUCGCCGAUUCCUCAAUCUCGAUUGAUUUCACACGCACACGCACUCAAUUCUCUGCGAUGCGAUUCGAGGAACUGAUUUUGGAAUCGGAGGAUGAACUUUUGCUUAUGUGGAAGUGUGGUGUUUGUCAAAGCUUGAGAAAGCGCGUUUAGGUUUAUUGAUCCAUGCGAUUGGAUUUGUUGUUGUGGCGGUGAUGGCGGUUGAUGACGUGGACUUCUCGGAACUGUUUUCUGCUGGUGAUGACGAUGGUGAUGACAUGCUUUAUAUCGAUAUUCAGACCGUUAUGAAGGUGCUUGACGAAGACAAGUGUGACCUUCGGGAGAAUAGUCCUGAGGAUUCUUCAUCAAAAAAUGUUUCACCUAGUGAAUUUGACAUCCAUGAUACUUUUCAGAUGCAAAAUGGGGCUCAAGUAUUGGAAGAACCUCAUUUUUCAAGAUUGGACUUUGUGGAUUCAGUCACGAGCUGUUCUACAUUCUGCUCAGAUGUGUCAGAUUCUGGGGCCAGAGGUUCAGUUGUUUUUUCUGAUUAUGUAGCAAAUUCUAUGCUUGACUGUGAACCUGAAAACCAGGGACCUCAUUCUCAGGCUUGCUCUUCCCCAAAUGCUCUUCCUGGUAAUUUUAGUGAGUCAUUCUCUCCGGGUGAAAGUGAUGAGAUUUGCUAUGCAGACAGAACAGGAGUUUCUAAACUUGAGAUGCUUGCUUAUAGCGUGGAAACAAGUUUCCCUGAGGCAUACUCAAACAAUGGAUCUAUUUGUGAAGAUAGCUUGAAUAUGAGUAUGUCAAAGGGUGAAAAUGACAGUCAAUCCAAGCAUGUGGGAGAGGAUGUUGACUCUGAAUAUGCUUCGGCUUCACUCAGUUCUAUUGUUGAGAAUGAUGUAAAUAUUGAAGGUUAUGCUGAAGACAUCAUUGGAGGAGUUUCUGGGCAACAGGAAAAUGACUCGUGUACAUCUUUUGAAGCAUCAUUCAUGGAUGCUGAUAGAUCUUUGCGUGUUGCAACUUCAACUGAUUCUACUAUUGGUCAAGGUUCCCAUUUUUCCAGGGAUUUUAUUGACUACCAUCUAUCUGCAAAUUGUUAUCCGGGAACAAAUGAUAGACCCAUUGCUACUGAUUCUUCUCUUGGUCUUUUGCCUAAUGGUAUUUGUUCUCAAUUGUGGACAAAUGUAGCAAUGAUGAAUAACAUGAAGGCUGUAAAUGUGGAGUUAAAUGCUGAUAUUGCAUGUAUGAGUAAUGGCAUGCCAUCAAGCUCUUCUGGGGGGAUAUCUUUUCAAGAUAGUCAAAUUAUGUUAGCUAAUAGUGGUUAUCCAUCAUCUUUUUCUGGUAAAGUUAUUUUUGAUGACAUGUCAUCAUUGCCGCUUUCAGCUUGUGCUUCACACAUGUCAUAUGGAGACCUUUACCCAAACAAUUUUCACAGCAAUGAUGCUGAGUUCAAUGUAGCCCAAGAGGUGAAACAAACACCUGAUCUUUUUUCUCCUAGAGGGUGUCAGACUUAUGAAUAUUUCAAGAAUGAGGAUAGUUGUGCACUGAGAACAUCUGACACAUCCGAUAAUUAUCAAUAUAUCAUUGAUGGGACUGCUAGUUUUCAAGGAAACAUGGGCAAUUCAAAUUUAAAAGAUGCAGAUAGACCUUGGCCCCAUAACCAAGCACUAAUUGCCAGUGAGAAACAGUUUGGUUGUGUUGAGAGGGGAGGAGGAAAAAUGAUUCAACAUAAACUUAUUGAUUCUCAACUUUCAAAAGGAAGAACUGAGAACUUCCAUGUUCAGAAAUACCCUGAUGUUUGCGUUAUUGAAGACAUCAGUCAUCCUGUGCUGUCGAGUCAAUCUGCAGACAUUGGGAAUUCACUUAAUAUAUCUCGAUCUUACAGAUAUGUUGAUUCCCAACCUUACAUGGUUGAAAGCACAAGACUGAAAGCAUGUGAUGAGCGUAAUAUAUUACGAGUUGCAUUGCAGGAUCUAUCUCAGCCAAAGUCAGAAGUUAGCCCUCCAAAUGGAUUUUUGGCAGUUCCUCUUUUAAGACAUCAGAGAAUUGCUUUAGCAUGGAUGGUUCAAAAGGAAACAUCAAGUCUCUAUUGCUCGGGAGGAAUUCUUGCAGAUGAUCAGGGGCUUGGAAAAACAGUAUCAACUAUUGCAUUAAUAUUGAAGGAAAGACCUUCAAUAUUCAAGGAGUGCAUCAAUGCCCCCAAAGGUGAAUUGGAAACUCUGAAUCUGGAUGUGGAUGAUGAUGAGAUUCCUCAGAUUGGUAAAGUAAUGGACGGAUCUAAUGUGUGUCAGGAUAAGUCAAGUAUGAAUGCAAUCAAAAGCACGGAUUUGUUGAUGCAAGCAAAGGGAAGGCCAUCUGCUGGAACCCUUAUUGUUUGUCCCACUAGUGUCCUGCGCCAAUGGGCUGAGGAGUUGAAUAAUAAGGUAACUAGCCAGGCAAACCUCUCUGUGCUAGUGUACCAUGGAAGCAAUCGAACAAAAGAUCCAUACAAGGUGGCUAAGUAUGAUGUUGUUCUAACAACUUAUUCUAUUGUCAGCAUGGAGGUCCCUAAGCAGCCUCUAGUUGACAAAGAUGAUGAUGAAAGGGGGAAUUAUGAAGAUCAUGCUGGAACAAGUAGGAAAAGAAAAAACCCUUCUAAUUCUAGUAAAAUUAGCAAGAAGAAGUUGGAUGGAACAAUUGUUGAGGCUGUUACUCGGCCUCUUGCAAAAGUGGCAUGGUUUAGGGUUGUCCUGGAUGAGGCCCAGAGUAUAAAGAAUCACAAGACUCAAGUUGCAAGGGCUUGUUGGGGUCUUCGUGCUAAGCGAAGAUGGUGUUUGUCAGGGACUCCCAUCCAGAAUGCAAUUGAUGAUCUUUACAGUUACUUCAGAUUCCUAAGAUAUGACCCUUAUGCUGUCUAUACAUCAUUCUGUUCUACAAUUAAGAUCCCAAUUAGCAGAAAUCCAUCAAAAGGAUAUAAAAAGCUACAAGCUGUCUUGAAGACAAUAAUGUUACGCCGGACCAAAGGCUCACUGCUUGAUGGGGAACCUAUUAUUUCCUUGCCGCCAAAAUUUAUAGAGCUGAAGAAAGUUGAUUUUUCAAGGGAGGAACGUGAUUUCUAUUCCAGACUAGAGGCUGAUUCGCGUGCACAAUUUCAGGAAUAUGCAGAUGCUGGAACUGUCAAACAAAAUUAUGUCAACAUUUUGCUGAUGCUUCUGCGCCUUAGACAAGCUUGCGAUCACCCUCUGCUUGUCAAGCGUUACAAUUCUAAUUCUCUAUGGAAAUCUUCAGUGGAAAUGGCAAAGAAGCUUCCUCAGGAAAAGCAAAUCUCUCUUCUGAAAUGUUUAGAGGCUUCCUUGGCUCUCUGUGGCAUUUGUAAUGAUCCUCCUGAAGAUGCUGUUGUUUCAGUUUGUGGUCAUGUUUUCUGUAAUCAGUGCAUUUGUGAACAUCUUACUGGUGAUGACGAUGACAAUCAGUGCCCUGCUACAAAUUGCAGAAGUCGACUGUGCAAAUCCUCAGUGUUUUCAAAAGCCACACUGAACAGUUGUCUUUCUGACCAGGGCUGUAAUAAUUCAUCUGGUUGCUCUGAUUCUGAAGUGGAGGAAUUUGAGCCUUGGUCUCAGAGUCAGCCAUAUGAUUCUUCAAAAAUAAAGGCUUCACUUGAGGUUUUGAAGUCAUUGUGUAAGCCACAUUGCUAUACAUUGAAAAGUAUUUCUGUGCAUAGCACUUUCAGGGAAAAUAAUGACUGCCCUGGGAAUCCAUCUGAUGCUAACAAUGGGAAAUUCUUCAAAGAUUCUCCUGAUGAGAGUCAAAAUUUGUCUGGGAAUGGAGGCUCUAAUAAGUCAGUUUCUGUUGUAGGGGAGAAAGCAAUAGUGUUUUCUCAGUGGACGAGGAUGCUAGAUUUGCUUGAAGUAUGUCUUAAGAAUUCUUCAAUUCAGUAUAGAAGGCUUGAUGGAACAAUGUCAGUUGUUGCUAGAGAUAAAGCUGUUAAAGAUUUUAACACUCUUCCUGAGGUAUCUGUUAUGAUUAUGUCUUUGAAGGCUGCCAGUCUUGGUCUAAACUUGGUGGUAGCUUGCCAUGUUCUUAUGCUAGACUUAUGGUGGAAUCCUACAACUGAAGACCAAGCAAUAGAUAGAGCACAUCGAAUUGGGCAGACUCGCCCUGUGACUGUUUUGCGGUUAACUGUGAGAGAUACUGUUGAGGAUCGUAUUCUAGCUCUGCAGCAAAAAAAGCGAAUGAUGGUUGAGUCUGCAUUUGGGGAGGAUGGAACUGGUGGGCGUCAGAGUCGCCUCACAGUGGAUGAUUUAAAAUACUUGUUCAUGAUGUGAUUAGUCAUACAUAUUCCCAGAUAGGAGCAUGAUUAUUGGAUUGGUGAUUUUUUGCCUUAGGGCAGGUGUACAUGUCGACGUAGGUGUCUUCUGGUGAUCACGGGAGAAAUGGAAACAGGACAUUUUCUAACAAUGGAUUCAUUGCUGUAACAAGGUCGCUAUUGACGCUUGACAUGAAGAUUAUACGAAAUGCAUAUAUGAUUAGAAUGAAUAUUUCAUUCCUUGACCUGAAAACUUUAAUUUAAUCUCACGUUAGUAUAGGAUUUAGAGAGCUGUAGCAUAUAUAGCAACAUAGAACGAUUUCAUGGAUUUUUCUUUUCAGUGUAAAUAAUGUAGAGAAUUUUUUUCUUUACCGUUUUGCUCCUUUGGUGCUCACCUUCAUGUCCAUUUUCUUAUGUGCACAUUACAAAUUAUAAUCUAUAUAAUUGUCACCAUUGUGCAUGUCUAUGCCCGGGAGCGGGCUGUUCCAAGUUUUGGCGUGUUAAAAGUGUAAUAUUUAUUCUGAUAUACUUGAAUAAAUUGUUCAGAAAAUUUUAUUAGUAUAUGAAUUUAAAUUUGAUC